CAUCCAUGCGUAUAAGAAGGUCUGAGAACCCGGCGUAGCAGCAGUCAUCUCACAUCUCAAGCAAAAAUCCAAGCAGCAGCCAGCCAACAUCAACCUCACUCAACAUCUGGAACUGCAACCAAAGAAUCCUUCUCCAAGCUCGUUGAUUAUCCUAGCUAGAUAGAGGCUUGAUCAGCAGGGCCGGGACUUGCUCGCACGCCAUGACGAAGGACGUGGUGAUCGAGCACGGGGAGAGCUCCAAGGCGCCGCUGGUGCCCGCGCCGGUGGCGGCGGGCGUCGGCCGCGCCGUGUCCAUCGCCGACGUCUUCCUCAGGUUCCUCUCCAUCGUCGCCACCAUCGCCAGCGCCAUCUCCAUGGGCACCACCAACGAGACGCUCCCAUUCUUCACGCAGUUCAUCCAGUUCGAGGCCAAGUACAGCGACCUCCCGUCCUUCACGUUCUUCGUGGCGGCGAACGCGGUGGUGUGCACGUACCUCGUGCUGUCCAUCCCGCUGUCCAUCGUGCACAUCAUCAGGCCCAGGGCGCGCUACAGCCGCCUCAUCCUCGUCUUCUUCGACGCGGUGAUGCUGGCCCUGCUGACGGCCGGCGCGUCGGCGGCGGCGGCGAUCGUGUACCUGGCGCACAAGGGCAACGUGCGCGCCAACUGGUUCGCCAUCUGCCAGCAGUUCGACUCCUUCUGCGAGCGCAUCUCGGGCUCCCUCAUCGGCUCCUUCGCCGCCAUGGUCCUGCUCAUAGUCCUCAUCUUCCUGUCUGCCUUCGCGCUCGCCAGACGCCACUGAUCGAUGAUCCAGCCCCAUGCAUCUAUAUAUCAGCCGUGGGUAUCGCAGUGGAGACCAAGGAGCCUUGUUCUCUUUCUGGUCGAUUUGAUCCUGCAUUGGUGCAUGCACCAAUACUAAUGCUUGCAGCAUCUGCUUCUGUUGUGUGGUCUCUUUUGUACUUUUGUUCUUCGUUUGCUCUUUUGUUCUGAAUUGCUAGUAGCUCUCUUUCCAAUCUUUGAAACUGUGUAGUCCUCCAACUAUAAAGGACGAGUUUCAGGUUUGUACUUUGUAGUGUGAUGAUAAUGGUCGGAAAGAAAGGGGAACUAUACAUUGCAACUGCA